GCGGCCUCUUGCCCUGCUGCGACCCGGCCGGUACACUACGCCUGCCGGCUGGACGUUGACCAGGCGCUGAUUCCGCGCAGGCCAUCAAGUAACCAUUGCGGAGACCGAGCUUCUCUCGUGGCCGCACGGGGCACCGAGCGUGUCUCACAGCUCUCAGCACGGGCAAUCAUGCAUCCGUGCCCGAGGCGGGCCAUUGGCUUCUCGGCCUCGGCGGCGUCGGUUCGAGGGUCCAUGCUGUGCUGCGCACGCAUGCUUCCCACAGUGCGUGCAAAUGCUGCUUCCUGGUCGAGAGCGAGGCGCGGAGAAAUGACAGACGGCACGGCGACCCACGGGCCCCUGCAGCUGCAGCCCUCUGCUGCCGGCGCUGCACGGCGGAGCGUUUGCCCGGCGCGGCGCCUUGGCCAGAGAGCGCGGCAGCGCCGGAGCCGCAUGCGGCGCCCUCGCAGCAGCUGCUGCUGCGCCGCGGAAGAAGAGCGCCGCCGCGGCGAAAGCGGCGGCAGCAAAGGCAAGCAGGAACCGCUCCUGCUGCUGCCGUGCGCAGUGGCGGCUGCAAGGGGGAUGCACGAUCACCAUCAGGACACGACGCUCCCGACGUGUCGGUGCCGGUCUGCACGAAGCUGCCCUCUCUUCGAGCGCAAGCACAGCUGCGCAACGACUCGGCAGCUCAUUGGUACGCUCGUGUCAGCACGUUUACGUCAAAGGGCACCCGACAGUCGCUGCAGGCACCGCCAGAGGACGGCAGCAGGCGCUAUGGCGCCCUGCCGCCGGCAACAACGGCGCUAGACAGCACCUGCAGCGGUGUCGACGUCCUUGUGGCGAGUGCACAUCGCAUGCGGCAGAGCGACCGCACAAGUCGAUGCACGGAUCAGGAAAUUGCGUUUGGCAGCCUGCAGAGGGAGAGAAACGAUCAUG